UGAGACACCGGAUAGCUGCAUUGAGUUAGUAGUCGCCAGAGCACGAUUAGCACAGGAUGGCUGGAAACGCGUGGAGGUCAACGCUCAUAAAACUACUCGAGAGAUGUGGCGUGCGGAUAAAUGACGCGAGCAGGACUCCGGAAGUGUCCCGUGUAAUGGGAGCCAUAAAGACUCAAAGCCCACAGCCCAGAACCUUCUCCAGAGGGAUUCAAACUGUAACGUUAAUUCCUGGAGAUGGAAUCGGUCCAGAGAUCUCCACUGCAGUAAUGAAGAUAUUUGAAGCAGCUAAGGCCCCUAUUCAGUGGGAAGAGAGAAAUGUCACUGCCAUCAAAGGACCCGGUGGCAAGUGGAUGAUCCCUCCUGAGGCCAAAGAGUCAAUGGACAAACACAAAAUCGGGCUAAAAGGACCCCUGAAAACGCCAAUUGCUGCUGGACACCCAUCCAUGAACCUGCUGCUGAGAAAGACCUUCGACCUGUAUGCCAAUGUGCGUCCCUGCGUGUCAAUCGAAGGCUAUAAGACACCUUACACCGAUGUGGAUCUGGUCACCAUCAGAGAAAACACAGAAGGAGAGUACAGUGGGAUUGAACAUGUGAUCGUAGAUGGAGUUGUGCAGAGUAUUAAACUGAUCACAGAGGAGGCCAGCAGACGCAUCGCUGAGUAUGCAUUUGAGUACGCCAGGAAUAACCAAAGAACCAGUGUCACCGCCGUUCACAAAGCCAACAUCAUGCGAAUGUCUGAUGGUCUGUUCCUGCGGAAGUGCAGAGAGGUUGCUGAGAAUUUCAAGGAUGUGAAAUUCACAGAGAUGUAUCUGGAUACAGUCUGUCUCAAUAUGGUGCAAGAUCCUUCUCAGUUUGAUGUACUUGUAAUGCCUAAUCUUUAUGGUGAUAUCUUGAGUGAUUUAUGUGCUGGAUUGAUUGGGGGUCUUGGAGUCACUCCCAGUGGAAACAUCGGAGCCAAUGGUGUUGCUAUAUUUGAAUCUGUACAUGGAACUGCCCCUGAUAUCGCAGGCAAAGACAUGGCGAACCCCACCGCCCUUUUGUUGAGUGCCGUCAUGAUGUUGCGCCACAUGGGACUGCAUGGGCAUGCUAAAAAGAUUGAGACCGCCUGCUACGACACGAUACGUGACAAGAAGGUUCUAACCAAAGACCUUGGUGGAAACUCUAAGUGCUCAGAGUUCACAGCUGACAUCUGCCGAAGAGUGCAGGACAUGGAUUGAGGCUUUUCUAGUGUCUAUGGAUCUGAUGUCUGAAGAACUAAUGGUCAAAAAAAUUAAUCUUCGUAUCAUUCUGAUAUCUGCGCACAAUUCUACUAAGUGUCUGCAUUUGUUUUUCCAGAACCGCAAAGCACUGUCUUAAAUUCCUGUCUUUCGGUGACUGUAUUUGUGAGCUGUUUUAAUCUGUCAAAAAGGAACUACAUAAUCCAAGAUCAACUGUAUUUAUUGACUGGAUUUUUCUCUGGUUUGAUGUGUUUUGCCAUUCUGCCAUGUGACAGGAAUAAUCUUGUCCAAAUAUAAGAGGCUUAAAUACAUAAAGGGUAUUUUGCAUUAUUUAGUCUUUUUGCUUUAAAGUGUGCUAAGUCCGUUAAAAAGUGAAUAUGUUUCACAUUUUUUAUGCUUAAGCUUUUACAUCAGCUAUGAACUUUGCAUUAUGGUUAACAAUUAAUAUAAUUCAAACAGCUCCUGA